AUGGUUAGGGUUAGGGCAUCAUCUACUGCUGAUACGAUAAUGGAAGGGUCAGGGAGUAUUUCUGAUCCGUACAGAGGUGGAGGUGCAAAUAGUAAUAGUAGUAACAAUUCUUCUUCUUCUUCGUCGAGGAGAUAUGGAAUGCUAUCAGCUUCUAGUAUUAUUCAAGCACCUCUUUCUGCUUUAUUAGAGUAUUCUGGUCUUUUAAGAACUACUCGUUCAACUCACCAAGAAACCGAGUCUUUAAUUCCUGGUGGUAUUGGUGGAGGAGGACUUGGUUCUACUAGACUUGAUGAUUCAUCUGCUGCGGUGGUGGCUAAUAAUGGGGAGGUUGCCAUUAGGAUAAUUGGGGCGGGGGAGCAUGAACAUGAGAGGGAUGGUUCUGGUGGAUUGGUUGUUGGGCAAGUUGGUGGUGGGCAGAAUGAGGUGUUGGUGCAGCAGCAAACAAUGGGUGCGGAUGUUCUUCAGGGUGAUUUGAGAAGUGAUCGCGUAGGAGAUGUUGCUGGUGGUGCUAGUAGUCAGCAGAGUUCGAGUGUGGGUGGGGAUGGGGAAGCUGCGGAUGGGGCGGGGGGUAAUGGACGGGAUUCAACCUACCAGAGAUAUGAUAUUCAGCAAGCUGCUAGGUGGAUUGAGCAAGUGCUUCCAUUCUCUUUGCUUCUAUUGGUUGUCUUCAUUCGCCAGCAUUUGCAAGGUUUCUUUGUCACAAUUUGGAUUGCCGUUGUCAUGUUCAAGUCUAAUGAUAUUCUACGAAAACAAACAGCUCUGAAGGGAGAGAGGAAAAUCUCUAUGCUUGUUGGCAUCGCUCUUGCAUUUACACUUCAUGUGGUUGGCGUUUACUGGUGGUAUCAAAAUGAUGAUCUUCUGUAUCCAUUAAUCAUGCUUCCUCCUAAAUCUAUACCUCCUUUCUGGCAUGCUAUUUUCAUCAUCAUGGUGAAUGAUACUUUGGUCCGGCAGGCAGCAAUGGUAUUCAAAUGUAUUUUGUUAAUUUACUACAAGAAUGGUAGAGGCCGAAAUUAUCGUAAGCAGGGUCAAAUGCUUACUUUGGUUGAGUAUCUGAUGCUGCUGUACCGUGCCUUAUUGCCUACACCAGUCUGGUAUCGUUUCUUUUUGAACAAAGAAUAUGGGAGCCUCUUUUCAUCACUCAUGACUGGGUUGUAUCUAACUUUCAAGCUUACAUCUGUUGUUGAGAAGGUGCAAUCCUUCUUUGCUGCUUUGAAGGCAUUAUCACGUAAAGAGGUGCACUAUGGCGCAUAUGCAACAUCAGAGCAGGUUAAUGCAGCAGGGGAUUUGUGUGCCAUAUGCCAGGAAAAGAUGCAUGCUCCUAUACUACUUCGAUGCAAACACAUCUUUUGUGAGGAUUGUGUGUCAGAAUGGUUUGAGAGGGAAAGGACGUGCCCAUUGUGCAGGGCUUUGGUCAAAUCUGCAGAUCUCAGGUCGUUCGGUGAUGGUUCAACUAGUUUAUUAUUCCAGAUAUUCUAG